AUGUCUGCAGAGUCUAAUUCCAAAAAGAAUCAACUUCAACAACAAAUAAACAACAACAAUAAUAACAAUAGUAUCACUACUGAUAUAAAUACUUUAAAUAAUAAUAAUAAAAUGUCGAAUCAUCAUCAAUCAAAUAGUCCAAAUACUGUCGCUGGAUCAGAUGAAGAUCUUACCAUGCUCGCAAAGAUGCAAAAGAAGUUUGUAAUUCCACCACCACCCAAAUCGUUGGUCGAUGGUGCCAAGCGUGACUACCUCUUGGUCGGUGGUGCCUGUGCAACCGUAAUCAUGUUGUCUGCCGGUGUCUGGAAUCACGUCAGAGGUGGAAGUUCCGCUACCACCGGUAAACUCCUCAAAGGUAGAAUCUGGGCACAAGCUAUCACCGUUGGUCUCAUGGGUUUCUACGCUUUCAACUAUUCUCAAUCCAUCGAUGAUGAGAACAGAAAGAAACAAAAGGUUAUCUUGUCUUAA